AUGGCGGACAUAACGGCAACCAGCGAAGGUAGUUCGAACACCAGUGAGGCAGUAGUGGAGCAUCAGCAGCCAACUUCAGAGUUUUUACAGCGCAAAAUCUAUUUUUUGGUGGACCAAUUGCGAACUUACCAUUCGGAACUACCCGAAAACCUGCAGACACGCAUUUCCUACGAUCUACUCACCGAACUCGCCAAUUGUGUGCUAAACGAGGGCAUUUUUGUUAUAGUAAAAGCAUUAAUGGAGCUGCAACACGAAACCGAAAGACACUUGAUUAAAAUACGGAUGCAGGCGGAGAACGAGUAUGAAAUAGAAGUGGCCGAGUGGAGGAGCAAGAUCAAGGAUCCCGAGGAGCUGCGCCACAUAUUGGGACUCAUGAAAAUUAAGCACACUAAGAAACUACUCGAGUCGGAUACGAAGAUUAUCGAAAUUCUAGAUCAAAAGGUUAACGACCAACAAUCCACACUUCAGAAGGCCGGCGUUCCCGGCUUCUAUGUCACCGAGAAUCCCAAGGAGAUCAAAAUACAAAUGUUCCUGUUAGACUUCAUUUUGCGUUUGAGCCGGCUAAAAUACGAGCCCGGCAAAUAACAGUUAGUCCACAAUCCGGAGAACACAAAAGACUGCACUUGACUUGUUUAAAUUAGAAUAUUGAAAGCAAUUAAAUUAUAACCCUGAUCAAAUGUCCCAGCUGUACGAUCCAUUGUGGCCCCAAAGAAACCUGUAGCGCUGCGCAGUUUUAAUCAGCGUAGAAUCGGGAGAGGAAGAAAGAGACGGGGCCGGCCACCAGAAGACUGAAGAGCGGGAGAAUUGAUAACGAUAGCGCGGCACUCUCCACAUUCGCGUAGAAAGCGGGAGAGGCGGCAGUAUAAAUUGGACCGACCUUUCUGCAGAUGCAUCAGUUCAGCUUUAAAUGUUAAAAGCGACACAUUAAAUAAACAACAAUUUCAACUAGUGAAA